AUGUCGCCUUGGUCAAAGCCAUAUGAGCACCCAGCAAAAGCAACCGUGGUGGUUAGGUACCAGAGCCUCCAAUUGAAGAUCUCCCUGGGGUCGGACUUCCAGUCAGGAAACGCCCAUAUCGACGUGCCGCCACCCAUUUCGUCGGUCAACGACCUACCAGCCUCAACAGUCCAAUGCCACGCAUCCAACCUUCUCAAGCUGCCAGACGGAACACCCCUCUGCGUCUGGUUCGGCGGGACCCAGGAGGGCACCCACGACAUCUCAAUCCAUCUCUCCCGGCUCGUGCCCGGCCCUGACUCAACCUGGACUGAACCGGUGCGCGUAUCGGCGGACAAGGAGCGCAGCGAGCAGAAUCCAGUCUUGUUCCGGGACCGUGCCACGGGGGCCAUCUGGCUCUUCCACACCGCACAGCCUCUCGGCAACCAGGACGAGGCGGUCAUAAUCGCCCGCACGUCCAGCGACGAUGCUCGCACGUGGUCUGCGCCCUUUGAGCCGUUCCCGGGCAAGAAGGGAGUCUUUGUUCGUCAGCCUUUGGUAGUGCUCCCCGGUGGAACUUGGGUGUUGCCUAUCUGGUAUUGCCGCACGCCGCCUGGGCUCAGGUGGGUCGGCAACGAUGACGUCUCUGCGGUUCUCUAUACGCAGGACGGAGGUAAAACCUGGCUCGAGAAGGAAGUCCCUGAUUCUGUGGGGCGUGUGCAUAUGAACAUUGUGCAGCUGGGUGAGAAAUCUUACGUGGCCUUCUUCAGAAGCCGAUGGGCCGAUGAAGUUUACCGGUCCGUGUCGGAGAAUGGGCUUGAUUGGAGUGCCCCUGAGAAGACCUCACUGCCAAAUCCCAACUCUGGGAUUGGUGCAGCGGCUCUGCCCAGUGAGGACACGAGGAGCAGCCAACCGGGUGUGGGGAGCAAGGUGGCCAUAUGGGGGACGCCUCGGAAAGCGCUGUCUGUCGCGCUGUCGAAGGACAAGGGCAAGACUUGGAAUUGGAGAGUUCUGGAAAACGGUGACGGGUUCUGUAUGACAAACAAUUCCCAGGAGCGCACCAACAGGGAGUUGAGUUACCCCAGCAUUGUAGUGGACGGAAAGGGACAGAACGGGGUGGACGUCGUAUACACUUAUCAUCGGCGAAACAUCAAGUAUGUCUCCAUACGAGAUGUUGAGGAAUUUAUCUGUAAAUCAUAG